UUCCUUCACCACCAUCCUAGGAGGGCAGAGCUGCGUCACACCCGGUCUUCCUUGGUGCAGUGGACAGCGUCAGCCUUUCCAGUCACUUCCCCCCAGAAGCUCCCAACCUCCAGCUUUUCCUGGGCCUCCUGGGACAGUUCUUGAUGGGCUCUGAAGAGCUGGGGGCUGGGACAGGCGGCUCCCUGCCGCGCCUGCAGCAGAAAUGGUUGAACUCCCGAGAGUGUCCUACACUUAGGAGAGAAGCAGCCAAGGGGUUGUUUCCCACCAAGGACGACCCGUCUGCGUGCACGCGGAUGAGCCCAUCAGACAAAGACAUACUCAUUCUCUGCUGCAAACUUGGCAUAGCUCUGCUUUGCCUGGGGCUAUUGGGGGAAGUUGCGGUUCGUGCUCGCAGGGCUCUCACCCUUGAUUCUUUUAAUAACUCUUCUGUGCAAGAUUACAAUCUAAACGAUUCGGAGAACUCGACCUUCCUCCUGGGGCAAGGACCACAGCCAACUUCCUCUUACAAGCCACACCGACUUUGUCCUUCAGAAAUAGAAAUAAGAAUGCUUGCUAAAAAUUAUAUUUUUACCAAUAAGACCAACCCAAUAGGUCGAUUAUUAAUCACUAUGUUAAGAAAUGAAUCGUUACCUUUUAGUACUAUUUUUACUCAAAUUCAAAGGUUAGAAAUGGGAAUAGAAAAUAGAAAGAGACGCUCAACCUCAGUUGAAGAACAGGUGCAAGGACUAAGGGCCUCAGGCCUAGAAGUAAAAAGGGGAAAGAGGAGUGCACUUGUCAAAAUAGGAGACAGAUGGUGGCAACCAGGGACUUAUAGGGGACCUUACAUCUACAGACCAACAGAUGCCCCGCUACCAUAUACAGGAAGAUAUGAUUUAAAUUUUGAUAGGUGGGUCACAGUCAAUGGCUAUAAAGUGUUAUACAGAUCCCUCCCCUUUCGUGAAAGGCUCGCCAGAGCUAGACCUCCUUGGUGUGUGUUAACUCAGGAAGAAAAAGACGACAUGAAACAACAGGUACAUGAUUAUAUUUAUCUAGGAACAGGAAUGAACGUUUGGGGAAAGAUUUUUCAUUAUACCAAGGAGGGGGCAGUGGCUAGACAAUUAGAACACAUUUCUGCGGAUACCUUUGGCAUGAGGUAUAAUGGAUAACCUUUAUGAGCCCAACCUUGCGGUUCCCAGGGUUCAAAUAAGUUCUUGGUCACAAACUGUUCUUAAAACAAGGAUGUGAGACAAGUGGUUUCCUGACUUGGUUUGGUAUCAAAUGUUUUGAUCUAAGCUCUGAGUGUUCUAUUCUCCUAUGUUCUUUUGGAACUUAUCCAAGUCUUAUGUAAAUGCUUAUGUAAACCAUGAUAUAAAAGAGUGCUGAUUUUUUGAGUAAACUUGCAACAGUCCUAACAUUCACCUCUCGUGUGUUUGUGUCUGUUCGCCAUCCCGUCUCCGCUCGUCACUUAUCCUUCACUUUCCAGAGGGUCCCCCCGCAGACCCCGGUGACCCUCAGGUCGGCCGACUGCGGCAGCUGGCGCCCGAACAGGGACCCUCGGAUAAGUGACCCUUGUCUCUAUUUCUACUAUUUGGUGUUCGUCUUGUAUUGUCUCUUUCUUGUCUGGCUAUCAUCACAAGAGCGGAACGGACUCACCACAGGGAGCUGCAGUCCCGCCUACGGAGGAGAGGAAUUUUUGGCCAGAUGGAAAAUAUCUCACGUCACGGGGAUUCCUUACAAUCCCCAGGGACAGGCCAUUGUUGAACAAACACACCAAAAUAUAAAGGCACAGCUUAAUAAACUUCAAAAGGCUGGAAAAUACUAUACACCCCACCAUCUAUUGGCACAUGCUCUUUUUGUGCUGAAUCAUGUAAAUAUGGACAAUCAAGGCCAUACGGCGGCCGAAAGACAUUGGGGUCCAAUUUCAGCCGAUCCAAAACCUAUGGUUAUGUGAAAAGAUCUUCUCACAGGGUCCUGGAAAGGACCCGAUGUCCUAAUAACAGCCGGACGAGGCUAUGCUUGUGUUUUUCCACAAGAUGCCAAAUCACCAAUUUGGGUCCCUGACCGGUUCAUCCGACCUUUCACUGAGCGGAAGGGAUCGACGCCCACGCCUAGCGCUGCGGAAAAAACGCCGCCGCGAGAUGAGAAAGAUCACCAAAAAAGUCCGGAGAAUGACCCUAGACCCCAUCAAAGAGAAGACGGCUUAGCAACAGCUGCAGGCGUUGAUCUCCGAAGCGGAGGAGGUUCUUAAAACCUCACAAACUCCCCAAACCUCUUUGACCUUAUUUCUUGCUUUGUUGUCUGUCCUCGGCCCCCUGCCUGUGACCGGGGAAAGUUAUUGGGCUUACCUACCUAAACCACCUAUUCUCCAUCCCGUGGGAUGGGAAAGUACAGACCCCAUUAGAGUUCUGACAAAUCAAACCAUGUAUUUGGGUGGUUCGCCUGACUUUCACGGGUUUAGAAACAUGUCUGGUAAUGUACAUUUUGAGGAGAAGUCUGAUACGCUCCCCAUUUGCUUUUCCUUCUCCUUUUCUACCCCCAUGGGCUGCUUUCAAGUAGAUAAGCAGGUAUUUCUUUCUGAUACACCCACGGUUGAUAAUAAUAAACCUGGGGAAAAGGGUGAUAAAAGGCGUAUGUGGGAACUUUGGUUGACUACCUUGGGGAACUCGGGGGCCAAUACAAAACUGGUCCCUAUAAAAAAGAAGUUGCCCCCCAAAUAUCCUCACUGCCAGAUCGCCUUUAAGAAGGACGCCUUCUGGGAGAGAGACGAGUCUGCUCCUCCACGGUGGUUGCCUUGCGCCUUCCCUGACCAGGGGGUGAGUUUUUCUCCAAAAGGGGCCCUUGGGUUACUUUGGGAUUUCUCCCUUCCCUCGCCUAGUGUAGAUCAGUCAGAUCAGAUUAAAAACAAAAAGGAUCUAUUUGGAAAUUAUACUCCCCCUGUCAAUAAAGAGGUUCAUCGAUGGUAUGAAGCAAGAUGGGUAGAACCUACUUGGUUCUGAAAAAAUUCUCCUAAAGAUCCCAAUGAUAGAGAUUUUACUGCUCUAGUUCCCCAUACAAAAUUGUUUCGCUUAGUUGCAGCCUCAAGACAUCUUAUUCUCAAAAGGCCAAGAUUUCAAGAACAUGAGAUGAUUCCUACAUCUGCCUGUGUUACUUACCCUUAUGCCAUAUUAUUAGGAUUACCUCAGCUAAUAGAUAUAGAAAAAAGAGGAUCUACUUUUCAUAUUUCCUGUUCUUCUUGUAGAUUGACUAAUUGUUUAGAUUCUUCUGCCUACGACUAUGCAGCGAUCAUAGUCAAGAGGCCGCCAUAUGUGCUGCUACCUGUAGAUAUUGGUGAUGAACCAUGGUUUGAUGAUUCUGCCAUUCAAACUUUUAGGUAUGCCACAGAUUUAAUUCGAGCUAAGCGAUUUGUCGCGGCCAUUAUUCUGGGCAUAUCUGCUUUGAUUGCUAUUAUUACUUCCUUUGCUGUAGCUACUACUGCCUUAGUUAAAGAGAUGCAAACUGCUACGUUUGUUAAUAAUUUUCAUAGGAAUGUUACAUUAGCCUUAUCUGAACAAAGAAUAAUAGAUUUAAAAUUAGAAGCUAGACUUAAUGCUUUAAAAGAAGUAGUUUUAGAGUUGGGUCAAGAUGUGGCAAAUUUAAAGACCAGAAUGUCCACUAAGUGUCAUGCAAAUUAUGAUUUUAUCUGCGUUACACCACUACCAUAUAAUGCUUCUGAGAGCUGGGAAAGAACCAAGGCUCAUUUACUGGGCAUUUAAAAUAACAAUGAGAUUUCAUAUAACAUACAAAAAUUAACCAACCUAAUUAGUGAUAUGAGCAAACAACAUAUUGACGCAGUGGACCUUAGUGGCUUGGCUCAGUCUUUUGCCAACGGAGUGAAGGCUUUAAAUCCAUUGGAUUGGACACAAUAUUUCAUUUUUAUAGGAGUUGGAGCCCUGCUUUUGGUCAUAGUACUUAUGAUUUUCCCCAUUGUUUUCCAGUGCUUUGCAAAGAGCCUUGACCAAGUGCAGUCAGAUCUUAACGUGCUUCUUUUAAAAAAGAAAAAAGGGGGAAAUGCCGCGCCUGCAGCAGAAAUGGUUGAACUCCCGAGAGUGUCCUACACUUAGGAGAGAAGCAGCCAAGGGGUUGUUUCCCACCAAGGACGACCCGUCUGCGUGCACGCGGAUGAGCCCAUCAGACAAAGACAUACUCAUUCUCUGCUGCAAACUUGGCAUAGCUCUGCUUUGCCUGGGGCUAUUGGGGGAAGUUGCGGUUCGUGCUCGCAGGGCUCUCACCCUUGAUUCUUUUAAUAACUCUUCUGUGCAAGAUUACAAUCUAAACGAUUCGGAGAACUCGACCUUCCUCCUGGGGCAAGGACCACAGCCAACUUCCUCUUACAAGCCACACCGACUUUGUCCUUCA